AUGGAAGAGUUUCUUUUAGCCAGAGAACCCUUUGAUAUCGUCAGAAUAUCCACAGCAUUAUUUGUACGAGUAGAACAGGGCGAAUGGACCAGUGUUCUCAAAAAGGAGGUAGAGAACUUUGAAAAUAUUUUGGAGCGAGUUUUGGAACGAGUUCCCUCGGAGGAUAUUAAAUGGAUAAAGAAGCUUCAAAGUUUUGGUUUCCUAGUCGCAACUGCAUUUGAAGAUCUAUGUUCACUCUCAGAAAUGGAAGCAUUAGUAAUUGAUGCCGAAGCCUGGCAUAAAGAUGCAAAUACAAAUUUACGAUCUUUGAAGCGUGAUGUUAAACGGUGUAUAACUGAGAGCACUAGUUAUGAGAAAACCAUGUGGGAGAGAAUAGAAACAGAACUCAGAGAAAUAAAUGUAGAGGAUCUUAGUUUCGAUCAUCCAAUUUGUUCAGGUGUUCUAGAUAUCAAGUCAGAACCCUUUACAAAUAUGCCUGGAUCGGUUUGUGAUAUUUUUAAGGAACUAUUUCAAAAAUAUAAGUUAGAACAGAAUCAUGAUGUAAUGGAAGCUUGCAAAGAAUUUAUCCAAAACGAGAAAUCGAAAAUUAACGUGAAUGAGAUUUUGAGUAAUAUUAAUUAUGGCGAAUGGUUGGAUAAACCCGAAGAAUUGCAGGAUUUAACAAAACGGAUAUUAGAAUCAAUAGCCGAUUAUAUGAUGGUAGCCCAGUUAAGAAAAAAUGCUGAACUUGAAAUUGUUUAUCUUGAGACUGAUACUCAGCAUCCAAAUUCUCCUGGAUUUUUGUGUUUUUCUGAAGAAAAUAGGUCAGGUGUGUACAGUUCACCAACAGAAGCUAUUAACACCUGCUAUGAAAAAGUUUUUCGUUCAAAUGUAAAGUUUCCUGGUCCACAAGUUAUGGGUUUUGACAAUUCAAAUAUUAUACAACAAUUACUUGAUGAUAUUAUAUUUCAUCCAUAUAUGAUUAGUCUUAGAAAAUUGAACGUAAUUGUGCUGGAAAUGGGAAAAUCAAAAAAACUGGAAUGGAACUAUGCAGGAGAAGGAUAUAAAUCCGUCUUUCAAUCCCAUUACAAUGGUAUAAAAUCAGCUUUUAUUCAAGAAAUAGAAGAUGAAGAGUGUGUAGUUCAAAUAUAUACUAAUGAUACUUUGAUAAGGACGUAUAAUGCUAUUGAUCCUGAUGAAACUUUAGAGGGAGUGUUAGAAAAUCUUUAUAAAUAUCAUUUGAAAAGAAGAAUUUCACGUAAGGUCAAAUGGCAUAAUUUAUUUAAUAAAUGGUUGAAUCAAAAAAGUGAUAUUUUAGAAUUACGGAAAGCUAUUUUAGAUUUAUAUCCAUCUGGUUAUAAAAUUAAUGAACGAGAAUGGCGUGCUUGGAGAGCAUUUUUUGAAUUUUGGACGAAAUCAGAUAACGCUCAAAAAGAUAGUACAACAUUACAAAUACUUUAUGAAUCAGGAUUCCUCCAACAAAAUCCAUGUUAUCAAGAAAAUCAAUCUCUUACAUUUUGGCAAGCAUUUCGUAAUGCAUUGGAAAAUACAAAUAGAGGUCCAAAUGGUCAAAGACGAAUUCUUUCAAUUAUUGCUACAAAAUUUACCUAUCAGGAACUCAUAUCAAAAUUAGGGGUAGCUGCAAAUACAGUAUCAAGAGUCCGCCAAUAUGCACGUAUUAAUGGACUAGGUGCACCUCAAGUACAAAAACCUAUUAUUAUCAAAGACAAAUUAGAACGGGAAAAAAAAGAAAAUUUAGAACAAUUCUUUUCUGAUAAAGCUAAUCAUUUGCAAGGCAAUAGAUAUAUUUAUCGUGAGAAUCUUGGUAGUUUGUGUUUAAUAUGCAACACAUAUGGCUAUGAAACAUUUGAUGAACUUACCAAACUUAUUCAAAAUCAUGUUAGUAAUCUUUAUAUCCAGAAUCAAUUAUUAGAUCAAGGAGAGAAGUUAAAACGAUAUCUGAAAAGGGAAUAUGAGUCACAUUUGACUGUAAAUUCUGAUGGUACAACAGCACAUAACCAAUGUAUAAACCAUUGCCUUCCUUUUGCUUUUGGUAUAUGUAAUGAACAACAUACUCACACAUGUUCAGAUUGUGAUGCACUUUUUCAAUUCUUCAUUGAUAUUGAAAAAAACACUCCAAAUAAUAUUCAAGAGGAAAUUUAUGAAUUACGAGAUAAAAUUUUCUAUUAUUUGAGUCAUCAGACGCGAAAAGUAUUUCUAAAUUCUCAAUUUAACGCAAAUCUAUUAGAUUUAGAUGAAAAAGGAGCUAUAAUAAUAGUUGAUUAUAAGAUGAAAAUCUUACCCAAGAGCGCAAGAGAAACAAAAAGUGCUUUUUUUGGGAAAAAAGGAUGGGCUUUGCAUUCAAUUCUUGUCUAUACACGAAAAUCUGAAAGUCAUCAAUUGGAUAUUCAAGUAUUUGAUCACUGGUUGGCCGAUACAUGCCAAGAUGCAUGGUUCACAGCUUCUUCACUACAUGCAGUUAUUGAAUCGCUUGAAGUCAAACCAGAUUGGGUUACUUUUCUUUCUGAUAAUGGUCCACAUUAUCACAAUGCGGACCUAAUGUUAAUUCUAGGGCAUUGGAAUGAAUGGUACAAUAUUUCAGUAAAAAAAUGGGUUUUUUUAGAAGCUGGAGAGGCUAAAACAUCAAUUGAUUCUCACCAUGCCCAAGUGUGUAUUGAUUGUUCAAAUAAUUUAGGAAAUCACCAUUAUUAUUUAUUGAAUCAUUGGUUACAGAUUUCACAUGAGAUAAAUCGUUAUGUUCGAUUGGGGUUUGAUAUCAAUGAAGGUGUAGACAUAGAGAAUGCUAUUCAAGGGAUUUGUGGUACUUCAGUAGCACAUUUGGAACCAGAACGGAAAAAGGAAUCAGGACGAAAAAAGAAAAAUUCAAUACCAGGAAAUUCCAAUUGGUAUGAGUGGUCCUGGCCGACAGAAGGUGAAUAUGCAGGAUUUAUUCAGGCUCGUGCAAUGCCUAAUAUUGGAACUUGGAAAAAUUUUGAGCCGGCUAAAAUAGCACAAUUUGAAAAAAGACCUCUUGAAAAACCUAAUCCACAAGUUUCAGAUCACUCAAUUCCAACUUCCAAUUGGAAUAUUCCAUUAUCUCAUAAAUCAAAAAUUAAUACAAAUCGUCUUAUUAUUGAAGAAUUGAAAAAACAAUUGAAGGAAUAUGGCGUUGACACAGAUGUAAGCAAUAAUAGAGUUAUAUUAGCAGAAAUUUUACAAAAUAAAUUGAACGAUGAAAUAUCAUCACAAAAUAUAGACGUUUUAAAUACCGAAAUUAUUGAUACUGAUUUGGGUUCAAGGCAAGUUUUGAAUCACACAUCGAAUUUUGCAUUAUCAAGUGGAUGGGCCUUAAAAGAAAAUCAGAAAUUUGGUAAAAAAGGAGGAGGUAAACAAAUAAGCAAAAACGUUAUUCCAUACCUUGAGGCAUAUUUCUUGGCCAGAGAUAUAAAUAAAAGCAAAAAGUAUACAGCUCAAGAAAUGCAUAAUGAACUGAAAGGUUUAGUAGAAGAAGAAGUUUUAGAAGAAGAGGAAAUUCCAAAAAUUUCUACAAUUAGUAAUUGGAUUUCUUGAUAUGUACAAACUCAUCGUAAAUUGAAAGCCCAACAAGCUUUAGCGCUAGUUGACAGAUCUUAGAAAAUAAAGAAUUUGAUAAAUGAAUAAAAUUUUGAAAAUUUUUGAAAAUUUUUGAUGUUAAACAACAUUUUUUUAAGUUUUUUUGCCAUAAAUUUUAUAAAAAUUAUUGAAAUUGCGAAUUUACUUACUAUAUUUAUAACCAGGAAUCUGAUGACGUGGCAAGUAAAAGUUUUUUUUUUGUUUACAAUUCAGUACGAAAAUGCAAGAAAUUUAUUCAUAUAGUAUUCUAUUAUUAG